UCAAGAGAAAUUGUGUAUACUCGUAUAUAGUACGAACACGAACCGUGAAGAAAUAAUAUUUUUUCGCUUUACUACUCUUGCAACUUUCCAUUGAUAUUGUGUUUUCGCGUAACUUUAUAAUCACAUUUAGGUCUGUCCAAUUUUUCUCUUUGACUUGUUUUUUGCGUAACUUGGUGCCUUCGAUCGGCGAUAGAUUGUAGAGAGAGAGAAAAAGAGUAGAUGCACAAUGUGUAUUGAAAAAAAAUUGCGAAUUCUCUCUCUCGUUUCUAUCUAUAAAUUUGAAACGAUAUUUUAACAGUCAAAAUUUGAUUUUGUGGUUUCUAUUAUUCGUAUGUGAAAUAUCUAUGAGGCACGGAAAUUCUGUUACAUUCUGACUGCUCCAUGAAUCUCUAAAUCGUAAGAUCAAAUAUGUAAUAUUAUUCCCGUAGAUUAAUUCGAUAUUGAAUUAAUUCGAUAUCGAGUAUACUCGAAUGCAAUGAUGAGAUACCUAAGAAAAGCGGCCGGUUUCCGAUGCAUCCUGCGCGUAUAAUUCGGAUAAACGAACGAUAUCGUCGGUAAACAGAAUCCUCGCAAGAUACAUCCCAAUUAUAAACACAAAUCACUAUUCCAAAGUUAGGCAUCAGGUCAGCCGCGCUAUAGACAAACAGUAACAUCCUGUUCGAUCUCUACGCUCAUUAGCACCGACCGUUGUGCAUCGGUAAACCGGAACCUCUGUGUUAUCCCACUAUCUAUCUAUCUAUCUAUCUACCUAUCUAUCUAUCUAUCUCCCUCUGUGUACAUCUCUUUACGACGAUCGAUUGGCGAAACAUGCGUAUGUAGUGUGUCGGCAACUUCCUCCGAAGAGCGUGCUCUGUCGACCAGCGUCUCGACGCCGCGCCGGACGACGCUAGGGACUUGCAGCGCAAACUCGGCAACAAGUUGCAUUUAAAAUCCGCAUCCGGCGUCUGUAGGAGUAGUUGCACGGCAGUUUCGUCUCUUUUCUUCUCCUCCCGUUCGCCUCCUCUUCGUCCACCGUUGCUACCGGAAACUCCGUCAAAUCGCCGAGUAUUCUCGACUGAUUCGGGCUAUUCAGACAAGAGCUCGCCCGAGAUUCUCUCGUCCGCUCGGCCCCAGGAUUAUUCCUGAAAUUCGUUAUAAAUUCAUUCGAGUGUACUACGCGGGUCGUAUUGCAUUCGAGACUGCCUUGACAACCUUCUCACUCUCUUGACAGCUAGUAAUUAUUAAUCGGAUUAGCUCGCUCGUUUUAGGAGGAAGGAGAACGGAGAAGAAACGUGGAUAUUGGUUAUUCGUCUAUAUUUUUGGGAGAGUCGCGACGUUGUCUACUUUAUUCAUACGCUCUAGCAAUUUUUAUACGCGCUCAUUAAUUCAGCUCUGCAUUUACGGUAAGCCGACCGUUUAGAAGCGCACCGUUUUCUUUGCAAACGUGAAUUAAAAGGCGUUGCACUUUGACUUACGACUUCUUGCGACGAGAAAAUCCAGUUAAGGAGCGGGCCACGUGGAAUUACCGGAAUUUCUCGACCGAAAGCUUCGAAGAUGAAGAGCACUCGACUCGCUACUGAACGAGCGCUUUUAGCACCUUAUAGGAAGAAGAGAAUUGUCGGCAAGAUCGUCGUCGAUCGCCGAAGAAGCUGGGUGAUAAUUACGAGUCGAAUUCAUGGACCGUCGAGCGAUGGAUUUUGUGUUGCUACUACUCGUGAUGCUGCUGAAGCAAGAGGUCGCUGCUCUGAAGCUACUUCAAAUAAAUGUCCCAGCGUACAUCUUAAAGGCAGGACUGCGCUUCUGGAAUGCAAAUACGAUCCAGGGGCAGACCAUCUCUAUGCUAUUACAUGGUAUAAGGACCACGAGGUAUUCUACAAAUAUAUACCUAAAGAGAAAGAAGGCUACACCUAUUCUGUCAGUGGCGUUAAAGUUGACAAAGAACAGUCGAAUGACGAGAUAGUAGUAUUACAAAACGCGAGCCUUCACGCCAGCGGCAAAUACAAGUGCGAAGUUAACGCGGAGGCGCCGAACUUUAACUCAGUUAGCGGCGAGGCGAACAUGGAGGUCAUAGCGAUACCUCAGGAGAGGCCAAUGAUAACGGGAGAGGAAAAGGUGUACGCGAGUGGCGACGUGCUCGCACUGAAUUGCACCAGCGGCAAGUCCAAUCCUGCGGCGAAACUUAAAUGGUUCGUUAAUGGCGAGCAGGUGAAAUCCGAUUCGGAAAUGGUGUUCGAGCAACACGGACUGUACUCGACGAUAUCGAGUUUGCUGCUCGAGCUGGAGCCGGGUCAUCUCGCAAGCGACAAGAUAAACGUCAGGUGCGAGGCGACGGUGCGGUCGAGUCACGACAUCGACGAACCGUUCGUGGACACGCGCAACACCGAGGUCUUCGUUCGAGGUCUCGCCACCCUGACGACACCUUCGCUAUGUCUGCUGGCGGCAGCGGUCCUGCAACGAUUUUUGUUGCCCGUGUAGAUCCUUUGAUGAGGGGAUCGGAACGAUUCUAAUAGCAGAGAGAAAACAGGGAGAAAGCUGUUAACGGGAGAAAAGAAAGGCGAGAGGCAACAAAAGUUUCGUGGUGAAAGACAAUCAUAUCUUAAUACGAAGCGAACUGCGACGAGAAAAAUCGGAGGAUAUAAUUAGUUAGAUUUAUGAAUCGUUAUUGUGUAACAGUGAAUGAUCCUCGUGAUUUUUACGUCGCGGCGCCUUCUCGUUAAACCGAAGAAUCGAGCUGGGCGAGUAUCGUCGAUUUGCUCGUCUUUGUUCUCGAAAGAUAAUAUCUCUUGCCCAUCUCCCCGACACACAUAAUCUUAGAUAGUUUAAUUAAUCGCGGAAGAAAGUACGCGAUAUAUAAUCAAGUGGACACAUCCACCAAGUUCUCGCACGUACGAAGAACUCCUCGGCGAGCAUCGAUUCCGUUGGAGUCGAUAUCUGCGUCAUGACUCGUGAAAUAGAUUCGAAUCGGCCGCAUUCGGGGAUUCAAACUCUCAAUAAUGUGAGAAAACUUUUCUAACUUUUCAUCUCUCAGUGAUAUUCUUGAAGAAUAAACUUUUUUCUUUUACAUUCCUAAAAUAAAUUUUAAAUUAAAUUUGACAAAUACAUUCAAUUAUAAAAUAUAUUCAAUAGAAAUGCAUUAAAAAUGUAACGUGACCAACGAAACUAGAAAUUUUUUUUUUAUUUGUGAGUUUGAUCCCCAGAAAUUUUUAUCUUCCACGUAUAAUUUUUCUAAUAAUCCAAAGAAAGAAGAGAUCAAUUGGAGUUAUAUGAACGAGAAACAAGAUUUUUCGUCGAAAACAAGGUAAGAAGAAGCAUUUUACUGCCAGAAAUAACAUUAGCGAAUGAUCGUGAAAUUAAAAGGUUGAGAAUAUAACGAGCUAGAAAUGCAUUCGACACUUUAGAUAAUGGCGUAUAUUGAUUCCCAUGUGCAAUUUUCAUUACGGUGCAACACCUUUGACAUUUGCAGUAUUUUUUAAACGAAAUAUUAAAUAUGUAAAUUUUAUGUUUCGUAUUUUUGUACAAUUUAUUUCUCGUUUAUAUUUGUCAGAAAUUGUACUCGAAAGAAUCAUCUAAAUGAAAAUCUGAAAACGGAAAUAACAAUGUAUACGAACAAAAUAUCUCGGGGAAAUAGCUUUAAAAAUAGAAUAUUAUCUUUUGCAAUAGAUCAUAUAACUUUUAUCAUGCAAAUUUUUGUUAUAAAUUGAUAUUUUUCUUUAAAUUCAUAAAAUUGUGAAAAUAUUUGUUGCGAAAAAAAACCGUCAAGGAUGUUGCACCGUAAGAUUCGAGAAUCCUCUCGACGUGAUAUCGUUGUCAGUGAUAACGGGCGCAGCAAUUGUCGUCGGGAUGCAAUCAUUAUUGAUUGUAUCAUGCAGCGACCGAGUGUAAAUAUAUACAUUCCCUAGAUAGACACGUUUUCAUCGAACCUCGUUGUAAGCUUCCUUCAUUAUAAUUAUAACUUUUAAUUGGUACGUGUAAAAUUAAUGUAAGAAGUCAAGAAGAAACUCGGAUAUCCAAUUGCAUAGAAACUCCUUCUCUUCUUUUAUUGCGUACGAUACAAUACAAUAUUACGCCCAACCCGCUUGAAUAAAUAAGCACGACAAAAAAUAUUUUGCCUACUAGGAUAAACAAAAUGCUGAACAGAAUCGUAUUUAUAUGAUACGGAAAAAAAUAUGAUAGGUCUUGAAAAAAUAUUGAUUUAUUAUUAUCAAAAUGCAUACUUAAAUUUUUCUAUCUUUCUCAUUUUGCAUCUAUUUUUCUAACUUAUUUAAAAAUUAUUCAAGAGUUAUUAAAGUUCUUAAAAUAUGCGAAUGUUAAAAGAAUUUCUAAUUGUUGAACCGCGUAGAUUUUUUUUUAUUUUUUAGUCCAACGUUUCAUGAACAUUUUAGCUCACUUCAUAAGGAAGGAACAGCCUGAUACUGAACUCUUCUUUGUCAGAUUUCCUUUUAUAUGGUGAUGGAGUCGGAUUUCUUAUAUUCUUUAUAUGAAGUCUGAAAAGUUUUUAAUUGUGUAAGUAGUGUCGGUGAGGGGUUCUCGGCGUGUUGGUUUUAUGAAUUUUGAGAAGGCAGAAAUAUAGUCUGGAAGUCAUCAGAUUUUUUGAGAUUAAGGUAUAGUUUUUUGUCUAAUAAUGUUCUUUGUAAAAGAUUUGUUAUUUAGAUUUUUAAAGAUGAAAUAGGGUCUUUCCUUACUUUUUGAUAAAUCGUCUCUAAAGACUUGCUACAUUUUCUCAUAGUAUUUUUUCUCCAUUAUUACUGUUGUAUUAAAAACAGUAAUUUUGCAUGCUAUUAUAAAUGGAUUCUGUGCAUUAUAAAAAAUUAUGUAUAUACGAUUAAGUGUACAGCAGAAGUCGACAUCGUUCGCGCAAAUCUCCGGAGGUGUUUGAAUAUUUGAUCGAAUCGGUCUCAGAAGCGCUUCUCGCUAAACUUUAAUGAGCGGUUUCUUAAUCGCAUAAUCUCUUGUAUAUGAAUAUCCUCUCACCUGAAUGUAUGAGACUUAACGUCCAACCGCUAGAUCCGCUUCGCUGAGACAUCGAUGUCGAAUAAAGAGGAUUUCUCGUUGAUGCUCGCGUUCCUUACGGGAAAACCCGAUGUGUGAUAUACUGUUAUAUUUAUUAUGCGAUACACGCGAUGUCGAUUCGUCGAUCGUGGCGACACACGACUGUACAUAUAUAGAUAUGCGAGACACGCAAAAACAUAUCGCGGCGCGCACACUCGGAAUGCGGCAAUGUAACAACUAUUAAUCUCGGGUGAAAAAAUAACGCAUUUCCAUGGAGAGUCCUGUAUAAAUAUCUACGUCAGCUGUGUGUACGUUGAACUUUGCAAAUUAAUCGGCUUACGCGCAUGAAUCAUAUUUUCCGAUCGUUCGCGAUCGUUGAUGGCGGCCGCUACCGUUUCGUGUGUAUAUGUUUAUGUAUGUGUUUACAUAAUAAAAAAAAUAAACACUUCACGCAGCUCUCGUUACAACUCUCGUGUUCGUUUCGCAUUUUCUGCCCGUACGAUCUGGCUGGUAUCAAACGCAUAGGAUAAACAGUAAGGUAAAUAGAUACUCUUCUUAACUUUUCAUAUGGCUAUGAUUGAUGUAGAAAUCAUAUUUUCAAUUUAAUAAUUUUUAGGCAUUUUCGUUAGCCAUCCUGUCAGUUUCUUCUAUUUAGACUUUUCCACAAUAAAGAAACUUUGUAUACCGGAAUAUCCUGGAGGCAUCUUUUGUCUUUUAGAUAUUGUGCUAUUUUUGUUGGUGGUUCAUACAGUUUUGAUGUUUGGAAGAAGAAUGAUGGGUAUUUUUCCAUCUUUUGUUCGCUCUUUCGAUUUGUUUGGUCUGUGUAUUGAGGGCUUUUUUAAUUUGAUAUUUUUUUAAAUUAUUUUGUUUAUUUGUGUUAUCGUGUAAAUCAUUUUGUUCGAGUGUGUUGUCUUAGUUCUUUAAAUGCCAUCUUGAUCGUUUACAAGAAUGAUAAGUUAUCAUACAGUAUUAAGCUGUUCCUCCUUAAAGUAAGCUGAAAUAUUUACGAAACAUUGGAAUGAAACGAAAAAUUUAUGCGAUUUAAAUCCGAAAACCAAUUCUAAAAUUCUUCGCGGUAUUAAAUAUUUUGGAAGAGAAUCACAACGAUUGGCGAUAAAGUGUGAACAUAAAAGUAUUAUAUAUUAUAAUAUAUUAUAGACACAUAUUCGCAGAAACGACGUUACGUUAUUCACUUUGUUUCGGUUUCCUUCGCCAUGCAUUUUUAUCGACAACAAUACGCAACAAAUACGACCGUUAAGCUCUUCCAGUUUCACGCUUCUCUUCUCAGAAUCGAUAGCUUCCCUACAUAACGGCAACAAGGUCCCGCGAUCAUAGGAUUGUUCGCAGUAUACGCCGCGUUUGUACGAGGAGUCGCGAGAACCUGUAAAAAGGAAUGCGAGUGCGCAGCCGUUCGUUUAUAGCAAUUUCAGACCGCCGUAAAUCGCGCCGGAAUGCUGUUGCGCGGUUUAUCGGUGAAUGUUGAAUCUCGAGUGCCGAGCGAAACGCGUUUUCGGCGGAGAUAAAAUUUGUGAGAAAAAAGAACGAAUAUAUAUAUAUAUAUAUAUAUAUGAUUUUUCUUUUUUAUUACGAAUUAUUACGGCGCGCGUGUGGAAAGUUCGCGCGAUCGUGGUGUCUCUUUGACAUGCAAAAGACCUGUCGGAACUUUCGCAAGCGGGAGGUAAAGUUUCGAGCGCGAGUUUAUCAUUAAUUCUCCGCAACGUGCUACAUCAUGGCUUAAAAAGAUGACACGUCAUCGCGACAGUACGAAAGAAUAUAUAUAUACAUAUAUAUAUAUAUAUAUAUAUAUAUAUAUAUAUAUAUCGUAUUUAAUUACGUAUAAUAGUACAUCACUCCGAAUAUUCAUUUACUUGAAUUUUUUCCUUUUGCGAUACCUUAUUAAGAAUCGAGAGCAAGCAGGUGGCUAUAUAUUUGAGAGAAUAAUUUUAUACACAUAAAACCAUCGUUAUUCAAAUAAUAAAGAAUACAGACUCUUUUCUCAAAUACGCGCAUACACACUUCAUUAAUAUUAAUUAAAAACUGCAAACACAAGUACGGGUCAUUAUGAAGGAUGAUUAAAAAGUAAUAAGAGUAAACAAAACAAUCAUUUUGAUCGUGCUAGUUCAUUAACUCGUACAAAUCAAGUUUUACAUAUAAUAUUAUUACACAUAUAAUUAUUCCCAUUUAGUUUUAGCAAACAACAAUUUUUUUAACGCGAUCGAUCGGACGUUUUUAAUAUAGUAAUUGAAAUCUUCAUUGAUACGAUAAAUCCCAAGACAAAUAACGAAGCAUAAAAUCUAUAUUAUUUCCAUUGUCAUAAUUUUCGAGCUCCAAUUAUCACGCUUUGCUAUAUAAUUAAUGAGUUUUGCCGCAUGAUUAACCAUAUUUGACAAAAAUUGUAUAUAGCUGAUACGUCUUUUGCGAUUGCGACAGAACGUGAGAGGCACUUUACAUUUACAUAUUACGGCGAAGCAGGCUUAGCUUUUCAUUUGCUUUCAAGUGUCGUUGGGCGGCAGUAUGUUUUGCGACUUAUCGAGGACAUAUCUCCGAUAUUUACGGCGGUGUUGGCCGAGCGAGAAUUGUACAUAUACCCUGUAUAUACCUGCGUUGUAAUGUAUAAUAAUAAAUUGCUCGAGGGGACAAAGGACUUCGUACCCCGGAAGUCUCGUGCGUGAUUAAACGGACGCGAGUUGUCAAUUUCGCAUCCGAUGAAAAAGAUAGCGGAAGUAUUUAGCCAUAUAUUGUGUGGAAGUGUUCAAACGGCGCGUCUCGAGAUAAAAAAAAUAUCAGGGACAUCGCCAAUACAGGUAAAUAAGAAAUAAUAAAUACAUUGACGCAAAAGCGCGCCCGUAUCUUCAUUCUUGCGAGGCGCGCGAGAUGUAGUUAUUAAAGGAAAAAAAAACGACGAUAUACUCGGUGUUAGCUUUCAGUUGUAACGAGCUUGUGGACACACACAGAUACACACACGGUAAAAAAAAUGAAAAUGCGGAAACAAAUAUAUGUACCUUUAUGCCUGUUUUUAAAACGGUAAUCGCGUGUUCCGCUCUGUCGAGAGAUAUAUCGAUAAAUUUACGAGAAAAAGAUUACGUUCUUAUGUGUAUGGCCUAAUGUAUAUAUCUCGCGAAUUUAGUAAUAAAUCAUAUUUCAUUAUA